CGCAGCGUUCCUUGCAGCGUUGACAACAGAGGCCGUACAACGCCACUGCAUUUACUAGCUGGAGUACUUGGAGUCGCUCAAGAGAACGUCUUCAAGGGAGGCAGGCCAAGAACUAGAGACGCAGUACCUGGUGAUCGACUUCGACAAUUUUAGCAUACGCAACGUCUACAGCUGGCAGGUGGUCAAGGCAAUCACGGAUGUGCUGCAAAUGAUGGAGGACCACUUCCCCGAGUGCCUUGAAAAAUGCAUUGCCAUUAAUGCGCCUAGCUUCUUCCCCAUCCUGUGGAGACUGAUUCGGCCAUUCCUGACCCAGAGGACGGCGGACAAAGUGGAAGUCUUCGUGGACGGCUGGAAAGAGCUUUUGCUGAGCAUCAUAGACGCAGCAUCUCUUCCGGCCCACUGGGGCGGCGACAUGGUGGGACCAGGCAACGACCCGAGAUGCAGGCACAAGGUGAACUACGGCGGUCGCUUCGAGGAGGGCGUGGAACGAGGCGAAUCACUGUUCGGCGAAGCUGGCGUCGAGCAGCGUACCGUCAGUCGCCGCGACCGGUGGGAGCUGCAGGUGGGCGUCACCAAGCCGGGGUCGCGAAUCAGCUGGCGAUUCCAGGUGGCCGCCGGAGAUCUGGCGUUCGGGUUGCGCUUGCUCGCAGGAGAGCCCCUGCUGCCUUUGCGACGCGUGGAGACAUGCAGUCAUGCGCCACAGGAAGGAAGCUGGCUCUGCGAUUCGCCUGGGACAUAUGUGCUGGAGUUCGACAACACCCACAGCUGGUUCACGAGCAAGACUUUGGCUUACGAGGUGAACGUACAUAGCCCGGAGGACGCUCAUUGAUCACAAGUCGGCGCAUCGACGUGGUGGCUGACGAAUAGCGCUACCUUUUCUCAUUUUCUUCACGGCUGCUCCAUUUUUUUGGCAACUUUAC